UAUUUCCCAGGUGAAAAAAAUGAAAUUUUCUGAAAUUCACUAAUUCCGUGCGAAAAAGAACGAAUUCUGCUGAUUUGCAGCACCCGGCAGCCUCGGAAAAGUAGGCGAAUCGUUCCGCGGAACCUGCUGGAUCAAUAAAAACCCGGGAAACUCGGGAAACUACGUGAAAUUCGUGAAAAGAUCCGGAAAACGAGCGGCCGGAAAUGACGCAGUAUCUGCCGCCGAAUCUGCUGGCGUUGUUCGCGCCCCGAGACCCGAUUCCGUAUCUGCCGCCUCCGGACAAACUCCCGCACGAGAAGAAAUCUCGGGGCUACCUCGGCGUGGGCAGCUUCCUCGAUGGGUUCGAGGAUCCGAAGGACACGCCGCCGCCGACACGGGUCGAGACACGCGAAGAACGGAUCGAACGGCGACGCCGGGAGCGAGCGGAGCAGGUCGCCUACAAACUGGAACGCGAGAUUGCCACCUGGGAUCCGAACCAGCUGCUGGAGGCCACGGAAGAUCCGUUUAAAACGCUGUUCAUCGCACGAAUCAACUACGACACGUCGGAGUCGAAACUGCGCCGGGAGUUCGAGAUGUACGGUAACAUUAAGAAAAUCAUCAUGAUCAACGACAAAAACUCGGGCAAACCGCGCGGAUACGCCUUUAUUGAGUAUGAACACGAACGGGACAUGCACGCUGCGUACAAGCAUGCGGAUGGUAAGAAAAUUGACGGUAAGCGUGUGCUGGUGGACGUGGAACGUGCCCGCACGGUAAAGGGUUGGUUGCCGCGCCGGCUCGGUGGCGGACUCGGUGGAACCAGGCGAGGUGGUCCAGACGUUAACAUCAAACAUUCAGGCCGAGAGGACAACGAGCGCGAACGGGAACGUUAUCGGCUGGAACGCGAGCGAGAAGAUCGUGAUCGUCGGGAACGGGAUCGUCCGGAGAAUCGAUUUGAACGGCGUAGAUCUCGUUCUCGUGAUCGCGAACGCCGCCAUCGUAGCCGAUCAAAGGAUCGCAACCGACGACGCCGAUCGCGGGAUCGCGAAGUCGAGGAACGUGAGCGAUGGGAUAAGGAUAAAGAUCGUGAACGGGAUCGUGAUCGUAGCAGGGAGCGCGAUAAGGAACGUAAGCGUAAGCGCAGCCGGUCGCGGGAUCGCGAUCGUGCGGAGAAGAACCGGCACAAGCGGACCGAUCGCGACCGUGAGCGUGAUCGAGGUGAGCGUAGUGGUGCUGGCAGCGGUGUAGAGCGCAAAGAACGGAAACCAGAUUUCCGUGAAGGUGCGGAAAUCAAAAUCAAGGAGGAACCGAUUGAUGAUUAUCCGGAUUACAGCGCUCAGUAUGCUCAGUAUCAGUCGCAGGUUAAGUAUGAGGAUGGAGAGGAGGAAAAAUACCGUCCACAUGACCACGAUCCCAAUGCGCGUGAUGCAAAUGGCCGCGGCUAUGGUGGUAACGAAGAUGACGAAGACGGCCAGUACGAUGAUCGACAGGGUUAUUAGUGACGAGUUCGAAUGCCCUGUAAGAAGCUAGGGCAGGCUUAAUGAGGACAUUGGUCGCAUCGAGUCCUUCCAAUCGCCAUCUUCCGGUGUAGUGUAACCGUGUUUAUGUAGCUUCAAACAUCUAGACACUAUUCUUUCUACUAUUCUGCAACCAUCGCACAGCAUUUUGUAGGUGAAUGCUUGGAAAUGCAAUGUUCAAAACUAAAACCACAGCUCGUACACAGAUACGGAACGCUAAGAACCUAAGCAAAAGGUACCGGUAAAUUUCUGGCUUUUUUCAUCUCUUUCAACUUAUCUAAAAUUAUACGAGGUAAGGUAACACGUGUCUCAUGAAACAAAAGGUAAUACUGGGCUACGGUGUAAGUUGUUCAAAGAAGACAAAAGGUGUGUUCGGUGAUGCAUUUAUCAUCGGUAAGAUAGAAGCGGAAGGUAAAUGAAUCUUUGGAUAAACCUCAACCACCUUCCCUUUGUACGGACGGAGCUGAAGCUUUUUUUUAUCGUGAAUUCCUUGUAAACCAGCGAAUGGCUUCAGCGACUUACGGUCAACACAUUUUGUAGACAAGUGUAGUUUAAAUAAAGAACAAUAAAUCGUGGAGUUACUACACAG